GUCUGACUUUGUACCCUAUAUUAAAAUGUUUCCCACAAGCAAAGUAUUGAAAAAGUCCAGCUUUGACUGUAUUCCUGAUCACCCACUCAAUUCAGAUUUGGUAAAAAAAUUGAAGUCUGCUCUGGACACCGGGAAUGAGAAGACAGUGAUGGAUCUGAUUUGUGCCGAAGUUAAGCAUGUGAAUGCCACCAUAGAACUAUCGAACGAUGACUGGAUGAAGGAACCUUCAGCUCAGCUGCACCCUUUGGUGCUAGUAGGAGACCUGAGAAAUCUCCAGGUCCUGAUUGAUAAAUACUAUGAAGAUGUGAAUGUGGUUUUUGAGAUCAAUAAAGAUGAGCUGGAAUGGCAAGUGAAAAGCCAGGCCUCUUUUGGACUGUCAGGCUUGUGGUCCCUAGAGUACAAAAGGGAGUUGACCACCCCACUGUGUAUUGCUGCCAACCAUGGGCACACAACCUGCCUACGUCACCUGCUCUUUUGGAGGGCAGACCCCAACUUGGCUCCAGGAGGCCUGAGUGCUCUGCAUGAGGCCUGUGCAGGGGGCCACACAGACUGCGUGGAGCUGCUACUGGAGCACAAAGCCAACCCCAACCUCCUGAGUGAUGAAGGCUUGGCACCACUUCACCUGUGCACCAAACAGAACACACUGGGAUGUGCCAAGCUUCUAGUGAAAUAUGGUGCUAAGGUUGAUCUGCCAAGUGAAGACACCCAAGAAACACCACUUCACAUAGCAGCUAAGCACGGGCUUUAUGAGCAUGCCCACUUGUACUUGAGGUACGGCGCUAAUGUGGAUAAGAAGAACAGUCAGGAAGAAACAGCACUCAGUGUGACUUGUGGACAAGGAAAAAAUGUUGCAGACCAAGAAAUCUACUUACAGAUGUGCAGAUUGCUGAUUAUGUAUGGAGCAGAUGUAAAUACCACAGAUGAAGAACAGAAAACCCCGCUCCACAAAGCCUGCAAAAAUGCUAAUUACAGCUUGGUCCAGUUUUUGCUGCAGACUAAAGCAGAUGUGAAUGCUAUAGACUACAACGGAUCCUCCCCAAUGGCUUGUGUCCUGCACACUGCAGCAUUCAAGCAGGAGCUGAGGCCACAUCUCACAGUGCAGACACUGCUCAACUAUGGCUCCCAAAAAAUAUGGCCUACAGCCUUUGUAAAGGUAUUGAGGUCAUGUGCAUCUGUGCCAGAGAUCAUCGAAAUCCUCUUCAACUCCUACUCUCAGAUUCCCAUCCCUGAGAAAUGGAUUGAAGCUAUCCCAGAGGAAAUAUUUCAGAGGCACCUCACUUUCUAUGAAUCUGUCUUUAAGCUGUCAUGCAGAGCCCGGUGUCUGCAACAUCUGUGCCGCUUCGCCAUUCGGAAGAAGUUUGGCCACCAGUGCCACUCCCUUAUCCCUUUACUACCGGUGCCCAAAUCUCUACAAAACUACCUGCUGUUAGAACCUGAAGGAAUACUGCUUUGAAAAGCCGAUAAGAACCAAAUUAAAAUCUUCCUGAAGUCUU